CAAGCCAGAUAGGGGGAUGUUUGCUCAAUAAACGAAGGUCUGGCAACCGAAGAGUCAAAUGCACCUUGAGCUUUAGUGGUAGCCUAAUAAAGCGCCUCUUUAUUUCUGUACUAGUACUGGCAUAGAUCUCCAAGGAGGGAAGUGUUCAGCUGCUGUUUGUUCUGCUGACAAAGAGAGAGAAAAAGGAGCGACGACAGUAAUGUAUUAGCAAUGUCUGAUAGAUAGAAACUGCGUGACUGAAUCCUGCAGAAAUGAGCGACACGAAAGGGCCCGCAGCACGCAGAAGGAGGACUACCAUCUCCGGUGGUGGAGGAGCUGGCAGCGUGAAACAAGCCAACGGCACCAAGGGGCAUGAUGCCGGGGGGAAACCUCCACAGUGUCCCGCUGGAGUCAAAGCAGCGGCGCCGGAGGUUUCCAAGCAGCACGCCAGUCACAAUGGGAAUGUGGGCAGAGAAGAGUCGGGGAAAAGGCAGCAGCAGUCCCGUAACAGUCCGAGGAAGGAAAGCAGUGCGUUGGAAGAUAUCAACGGCCGACUCAGCUGCCAUGUCCUGCAGGAAUCUCUCCUGAGCUCAGCCAGCGGUUACAGCAACUACAGAGGAAUCCUAAACUGGUGUGUUGUUAUGCUGAUGCUCAGUAAUGCACGACUCUUCUUGGAGAACAUCAUCAAGUAUGGCAUCCUAGUAGAUCCAAUCCAAGUCGUGUCUCUUUUCUUAAAGGACCCCUACAGCUGGCCAGCAGCCUGCCUGAUUAUUGUGUCCAACCUGUUCAUCUUGACAGCCUUGUACGUAGAGAGGCGUCUGGCAGUGGGUACGAUCUCUGAAACUACUGGAAGGAUUCUUCACAUUUUCAACCUCACAUUCAUGCUGACCUUCUCCUCUGCCACGGUCCUCUCUGUGACCUCCAUGACCCCAGUGGGUGGCGUUUUUUCUCUAGGAAUCUACACUGUGCUGUUUCUCAAGCUUUACUCUUAUCAGGACGCCAACAGGUGGUGCAGAGAAAUCAGACAAGCCAAAGCCAAAAGCUUAACGCGCUCAUAUUCAUGUCCAGAUGUUCAGCAGUCGAACGGCUCAGCAGUUCAUCCUCUGGUCUCCUACCCAGGAAACCUCACACACAGAGACAUGUACUACUUUGUUUUUGCCCCAACUCUGUGCUACCAGCUCAACUUCCCUCGAUCUCCACGGAUACGUAAACGGUUCCUGAUAAGAAGGCUUUUUGAAAUGCUUUUUCUUAUGCAGUUGUUGGUGGGAUUGAUACAGCAGUGGAUGGUUCCCACAAUUCAAAAUUCUAUGAAACCGUUCCGGGAAAUGGAUUUUUCUCGGAUGGUGGAGCGAUUGCUCAAAUUAGCAGUCCCCAACCAUCUUAUAUGGUUAAUAUUCUUUUACUGGUUUUUCCAUUCCUCUAUGAACUUUGUGGCAGAACUGCUGCAGUUUGGAGACAGGGAGUUCUACAGGGACUGGUGGAACUCUGAGACCGUCACAUAUUUCUGGGCUAACUGGAAUAUGCCCGUUCACAAAUGGUGCCUGAGACAUUUCUACAAGCCGAUGCUAAAAAGAGGGACCAACAAGUUUCUGGCUCAAACUGCCGUCUUCUUAGUUUCUGCUUUCUUCCACGAGUACCUGGUUAGCGUUCCUCUGAAGAUGUUCAGACUUUGGGCCUUUAUGGGAAUGAUGGCUCAGGUUCCUCUGGCUUGGUUUGUGGGUCGCUACCUGAACGGGAACUACGGCAACGCGGCCGUCUGGCUCUCGCUCAUCAUUGGGCAGCCCAUUGCGGUGCUGAUGUAUUUCCAUGACUACUAUGUUAUUCAUCAUGGAAGCACUAAGUAGCCCAGGAGAAAAAAAAAAAAUUGAGAUGAGCCGAAAGGAAAAUGUGAAGCCAGAGAUUUUCCUGCUUUAAUUUUUGCACUUUGAGGGGACAGGACCACAACAUGUUGGGAAACAAUGUAGGACAUUUACAUGACGGGAACUUUCACCUUUUGUCAACUUCUAAUCAAACUAAACCUCCAGAUGCAGCGCCACCAUCUGUUCAUUUCAUCUUUUAUGAUUUGAUCCUGGACUCAAACUGAAUCCCCUCUUUGAUGAAUGUCAAAGGACAGGAUUCCCUGUUUUGUUUUUGUUUUUUGUUUGUUUGAAGCUGGAUAUUUGCUUCAAAUUUUGUAAGUUCCACCAAAGAUGCAUUUUGCGAACCUCUUAGUUGAAGUCCAUAUUAUCUAGACUUAAAAAAACACUUCAGCAUUUUGUGAGGACGCCGCUCCGCUUGAAAACUUACACUCAUCAGGUGCAAUAGAUAUGAACCACUGCCAGGCAAACGCAUCCAGAAGUGAAUCUUGCUUCUUUUAAAUGAGAUUUGCUUCUGUGUAAGUGGCCAAAAAGUCACUGUCUUUUUUUUUUUUUUUUUUUUCCACUCUGGAAAGUAAGGCUAAAAACAUCAGGAGUCCCGAUUUUGAAGUUGACCACAGCUUACCUUUAAUUCCAAUAAUGUUCAUCUUAUUUCUGCAAUACAGUAUUAUAUAUUAUUAUUAUUGUUAAAAUGAUCUUUCUACUGAUUUAUAAGUAAGCAGGCGUCCCUUCCCAGAAGAACUGAAUGGACCAAGGACAAUAAUGUGGAGUAAUUUAACCAAUCAUGACUCUGCAUAGUGAACCGAUUCCUCUGUGUUCUGCACAUUUUAACUGUCAAAUGAUUUCAUGCUUUAAAAAAAUGUUCUGUUAUAUUUUGCUGCAGUGCCAUUUUUUUUCUUGUUUUUUUUUUUUUUUUUCAUUUUUUGCACUUUAGAGAGAUGCAUGCUAUUGAAAAAAAGCAAUAGAUUUCUAUGAAUGUACCAUCUUAAGCUGUAUAAUUAUUACCUUAGAAAAGAAUGUUAGUUUAAGUUAUAUUCUGACAUGUUGAAGUUUCCUAAUAUUAUGAUAAAAGCAAAGAGUUCUUGCAGUAUUUGAUCUUAUUGCCAUCACAGCCUGACACUGUUGCCUGCAAAUAUUUUGCAGCAAAUUAAAAUAUAAUUUUGCAUUUGUCUUUCAGAAAACACCUACUAGAUUUCUCUAUCAGAAACAAGUGCCUGUUAUAAGUGAAUAUUUAAAUUAUAAGUUAUGCCAAAACUUUCAGUUGUUGUAAUUUAAAUAGUGUUUUUUUUUCUGGGGGGUUUUUCUGUAACUUAUUUUGAAAACAAGAUUUGAAUUAAAUUGUAAUGCAAUAAUCCUGUUUUAGGAGUAUUUCAAUAAUUUCCUGGCUCACUUUGAUCCACUUGUGUCAAAUCUGACUAAAUGAUGGCAGCAAAGUAAAUUUAAAGAAGAAUCUUUCCAGAGGCACAGAUGGCAAAGUUUACAGUCGUUUGUUUUGACUAAAACAUACCCGAGGUAAUUUUAGUUGAGGAAUUUUGAGUUUAUAUUGACUGAAUUAUUGGAUACAACUUGGAAAAUGAAUGAAUUUCUUAACAGAUUUGUUUGUACCGUGUUAAGGAGUCUAGGUAAAACAACUGUUUUGUAAAUUGUUUUCUUAUUGGUUGAAAACUUUUUCUGCUGUCUGAUUAAAGAUGGUUUCCAUCUG